AUGUGCUAUCCAAAGGGAAUUGAAGGAACGUCUUUGCGGAGGGAAUUGAAGGAACGUCUUUGCGGCGAUGACGGCAUGAUCUAUAGUUAUCCCUUCAAAGUUCUUGACAUGGAAAAAGGUGAUGUAGAUCCUGAGGAAGAUGAAGAAGAAGAGGUGGAAGAGUAUGUUGAAGGAGACUAUAUGGAUGACAUGGAAGAUAUGGAAGACUUUGAAGGCCUCCCUGGUGGUGAUUAUGGUGAGAUGAAUGAAGAUGAUCUUUCGGAUGAACGGAUAGCAAAGAAACCCAAAGUUCUAGGUUCUGAUUUGAGAUCAAAUAUAGGGAAAAAAUCCAAGAAGCCAACUGAGGUAAAUCAACCAUCACAAUAUAUCAUUCUUUCUCUGAGGGUGGAACUUGAUGAGGACAUUAUAUAUGGGUAUCAGGCGAAGGACGUAAAUGUGAGUUGUGCAAAGCACUGGCUUUAA